AAGCCACAUUCGAGCAUCUAUCCUUCUCUCUCUUCCAACAAGUCGAAAGCUUCCCUCUUUUUUCUUCUCUUUCUGUUUGUUCUCUCCAUAAAAUUCCAGAAUUUAAACUCUCACACAAAAAAUCAUAAACACCCCAAAGUAGCAGUACGUGUUGCACUAGUAACAUCUUUUUUAUGGGAAUAUAUGCUUUUUUUUCCUGUUGAAUAAAAUUAAACAAGAAGAGGGAGCAGAUGCAAUUCAGUUACCCUGACAGUUUUCAGAUCACCACUUCUUUUUUUGGCUUUGUGUCUCAAAUUCUUCACAAACAUUCCCAGAACACUAGGAUUCUUUUUUUUUUUUUUCUAAAAAGAACCCUGAACUGAACCUCAAGUGCAACAAGGACUUAUGCUGCUGAGAAACAGAUCAAGAGCUGUGACGAAGCCAAGUUUGAUGGGAGAUCAGAGUUGCAAAAGAACAAUCAUCCCUUCUCUAUUUUCACCAAAAUUCCGAGACUUCACUGUGAAGUGUCUCUCAGCAGGAGCUGAGGCUUUGAGAAGCCCCACAUCGAUUCUUGAGACCAGAGCCUUAUCAUCCCCAUUUGGGAGUCCUUUGUCACAUGACAAGAAGAUAGAAGCAGCUAUUACCUCCCCAAGAAUGCCCUCAGAAAACACACCCUUUUCCUCAAAACGCAUUGGCCUUGCUCUUGUUGGUGCACUCAAAGAUGAAACUUUUCCUCAUAAUUCAACUAAACCAAGCAGUGGAACUGUUCUUUUUGGAACUAAGCAUAGAGUGAAAAUUCCACCUUUGCCACUGCCACCACCUUCAUUUGAAUCCAAAACAUGUGCUUCUGAUUGUGCUGCCAAAACCAAUGAUUCGCAAAAUUUUGCAACAGGUCUUAUGACUUUGAGUGAGAUGGAGCUUUCCGAGGAGUACACGUGUGUGAUAGCACAUGGACCUAAUCCUAGAACAACACACAUAUUCGAAAAUUGUAUUGUGGAAAGUUACUGUUCCCUGCCCAAUACCCCCAACUCUCCUUCACUCAAUUUCCUUAGCUUCUGUCACACUUGCAAGAAGCACCUUGAGCAGACUAAGGACAUUUUUAUUUACAGAGGAGAGAAAGCUUUCUGCAGCAAAGAAUGUCGCCACCAAGAGAUGGUGCAAGAUGGAGCAAGAAAUUCAGAAUUUGACAGAUACUAAUGAGAAUUUUUAACUUUCACCACGGCCUCAAAAGUGUUGCAUUCUGAUGAGGAUAACCAGCUAGUCACAAUUUUCCAUUCUUGGUUAGGAUUUUCUAUAUAAUAUUUUGUCGUGACUAGCAUAUUAUAUUUUACCCUUUUGAAGUUUUGUUUUUUUGGCCUCUCCCGUGGAAAUAGAGAUAAGAGAGGAUGAGGAUGUAGAGUUCGUUUCAAGAAAUGAGUAGUUUUUAGAUUGCUUAUGGUUUUCUCCCUUUGUUUUCGGCUGAAGCAGAUGAUGAUAUAUGACUGAAAACAGUGCCUCUUUUUAUUUUCUUAUCUGAGUAGAUGAUGAUGAUGCAUAUAAUUGUAAAUGGGGACCAAUUCAUUAUUUUUCUCGAGAAGAUUCCUCUCUUGCAAGAA